GCGAAGACAAAGGACGGAUGUUAAAUAUUAUACGGGAUGUACAGGCCCAACAUCCAAUACCUCCUGGUGACAUUUCGUCCAUCUUAAAUUACAUUCUCCUCCACAGAAUACUUCAACCACAUCCAUCCAUCGGAUGGCGCCCACCACCCCUGUUGGAUACACCAAUGCUGGUGACAUCAUGCCACAGGACCCUUAUAUGGAGUACGAGCUCCUGAGGGCACCCAUGACGCCUAGCCCUAGCCCUGGCCCUGCCACUGUUCACGAGCUUCAUGGGCUUCCGAAUUCGGCUUCACUUCCGGAGCUCUUCCCCUUACCAAAUCUUAUGGACGACACCACCCUCACUGAGCUUCACGGGCUCCCCAUGUCUCCCACGCUUCUGGACCUCUUCCCCGUGCCAAAUCUCGUAGCUGACGCAAUCAACCGCGCUAUCGAGCCGAAUCCUAUGGGCAUCCUGAUCCCGAACGACCUCGAAAACGGCCCGACAAACACCGCGUACACGAAUCCGCCCCUUGUGCGGCCCUGGACUCCUCCCCACCUGGUUCGUACGCCGCUUCCAGCAUCUCAGUCGGUAGAGCGUGUCCCUCUUGCUCCCACUCGGAAUAUGCUGGCCCAGCUCGAAGACGAUGGAAACCCCAGCGGCGACAGCAUGUAUACGCAGCUCCUAGCGCUCCGGAGUCACAUCGACGAAGUUCUCGAAAACGCGAAAACGUUCGAAGUUGCUGGUGCAGCUCCACGACUGAACUCCGCCAGCGCUGGUACCAACACUGCGACCUCCACCCCAGCCUCUUCUCGCCGCCCGGAUGAAUCGCCACGUGCAAGGAACGCCUCCAACCGCAAUGGCGGGUUAACAGAUCUCUCGGAGACCGCCCCUACGCUGCGGGAGUUCCUCGAGCAUGAGAAGACUGCAAAGAAGCCGCACAGUUCUCGGCGUAUGAAGGAGGUGGAUCUGGACGAUGAUGCAGAUGAUGAAGAUGAUACAGAAGCCCUCCUUCACCGCCUCCGGAAGCAGUUCUCUCUCCUGGAGAAGUGUAAGGCCAGAGGCAGAUACGCUGGACUCCAGAAGCGUCAGUUGCGGCAACGACUCGCCGAACAGCUUGCUGAUACUUCUGGUUUCGAGUAGCUACUGGAUAGCAAGGAAAGGCUCGCAAGGGUUCGGACUGGUGUUAUAGCGGCUGAUGUGGGCAAUGACCUAGGUAGGGGAUGGCGGGAUUUGGUGUAGAUAGACUUUGGAGUAGAAAGAAUAUGAAGUGUUGCUUCAUUG